AUGUCAAGCGAGAAACAGCAUUCCACCUCCGACCGGGGCCCCGGAUUAAGUGGACCAGCCCACGCUCUGACAUACGAGACGGUCAUUAAAGAACUGGGUACAGCACUGGACGAUGGCUUGUCUCCGGAAGACGCUCGCCGUCGCCUGGACCAAUACGGUCCCAAUAAGCUGGAUGAGGGCGAAAGUGUUUCCAUCGCAAAGAUUCUCCUUCGUCAGGUGUUGAUUCUGGCCAUGGCGGUCAGUUUCGGGAUUCAGUCGUGGAUCGAGGGUGGGGUGAUCUGUGCGGUCAUUGUCCUCAAUAUCGUCGUCGGGUUCUUCCAAGAGUAUGCCGCGGAAAAGACCAUGGAUUCUCUCCAUUCACUCUCGUCGCCGACCGGCACUGUUUCACGAGGGGGGCAGACCUUCUCCAUACCAUCGCAGGAUAUUGUUCCCGGUGACAUGGUUGAAUUGAGGACCGGAGAUACUGUUCCUGCUGAUAUUCGCUUGGUUGAAGCAGUGAAUUUCGAGACCGACGAGGCUCUCCUAACUGGCGAAUCACUCCCUGUCCAGAAGGAAUGCGAUACAACUUUCAAGGAAGACACGGGCCCAGGAGACCGCCUUAACAUCGCGUAUAGCUCGAGCACCGUUACCCGCGGCCGUGCUCGUGGUGUGGUCGUCGGCACGGGCAUGUCCACCGAAAUCGGGUCCAUCGCCCUCGCCUUGCGCAAUAGCAACACUAGACGCCGUCCCGUCAAGCGUGGCCCGGACGGAGAAACCAAAAAGCGAUGGUAUGUCCAGGCCUGGACCCUCACGGGAACAGAUGCCGUCGGUCGCUUUCUUGGCGUCAAUAUCGGGACGCCCUUGCAAAGGAAGUUGUCUAAGCUAGCUUGCUUGCUAUUUGGAGUCGCGGUUGUGUUUGCUAUAGUUUGCAUGGCUGCAAACUAUUUCAGCAGCAAUAAUGAAGUCAUCAUGUACGCAGUCGCGACCGGUAUAAGUAUGAUUCCUGCCUGCUUGGUAGUUGUACUUACCAUCACCAUGGCAGUCGGUACCAAGCGUAUGGUGGAGCGGAAUGUCAUUGUUCGUAAACUCGACUCGCUGGAGGCGCUUGGUGCCGUUACUGAUAUCUGCUCGGACAAGACUGGGACGUUGACACAGGGCAAGAUGGUUGUCAAGAAGGCAUGGAUCCCAUCUCGUGGAACAUAUUCUGUUGGCACAUCCAACGAGCCAUUCAACCCUACCAUUGGGGAUGUGGGCUUUGCCCCUCUUUCUCCUCUGCAAUCUGGUGACGGGGAUGAAGAUUCUCCGGCAGCAAAUGUUCAGGAUCUACUCUCAGACAACCAGCAACUGCAGGACUUCCUCAAUGUCGCCUCGAUGGCCAACCUGUCCCACAUCUUUGAAUCCGAGAAUGGCGAAUGGAACGCGCGAGGUGAGCCUACAGAGAUCGCGAUUCAGGUGUUUGCAUCCAGGUUCAAUUGGAACCGUGACCGUUGGACCAAAGGACAAGGCGCGCUGUGGCAUCAGAAGGCCGAAUUUCCGUUUGAUUCUACAGUGAAGAAGAUGUCUGUGAUCUUUAGCAAGAUAGAAUCGAAGGACGACCAAGACAACUCCACUAUGAUCUUCACCAAAGGAGCUGUCGAGAGGGUGGUCGAUUCAUGCACGUCAGUCAUUUGGGAUCAAGGAUCCUCUACACCCGUGGCUCUGACUGAAGAGCACCGCGACUUGAUCUUCCAGAAUAUGGAAGAGCUGGCCAAGCUAGGACUACGAGUACUCGCACUAGCCCAUCGUCCGUACACCGAACAGACACGAGUACUUGAAGGCUCCGAGCUGGAACGCGAGAGUAUCGAAAAGGACUUGUGUUUCCUAGGUCUGAUCGGGUUAUACGACCCGCCGCGACCCGAGACGGCGGGCUCAAUCCAAGCCUGCUAUCGGGCAGGUAUCGUCGUCCACAUGGUUACUGGAGAUCAUCCGGGCACUGCGCGGGCGAUUGCCCAGCAGGUGGGAAUUCUCCCUUCUGAUUUCAGCACUGUGGCUGCCGACGUCGCAGAUGCGAUGGUCAUGACAGCAGGCCAGUUCGACAAACUUUCAGAUGAAGAGAUUGAUGCGUUGCCGACACUUCCUUUGGUCAUCGCUCGCUGCGCGCCACAGACUAAAGUCCGCAUGAUCAGCGCCCUUCAUCGUCGCAAUCGCUUCGCAGCCAUGACUGGAGAUGGUGUGAAUGAUUCGCCAUCCCUCAAACAUGCCGACGUGGGUAUCGCCAUGGGACAGGCGGGAUCGGACGUGGCUAAAGACGCGUCGGACAUCAUUCUUACAGAUGACAACUUUGCCUCCAUUCUUAACGCCGUUGAAGAAGGCCGCCGGAUCUUUGACAACAUUCAGAAAUUCGUGUUGCAUUUGCUGGCUGAAAACAUCGCUCAGGCCUGUACCCUUCUCAUCGGACUGGCAUUCAAGGACGCCGACAAUCAAUCUGUCUUCCCUUUGGCCCCGGUUGAGAUUCUGUGGAUCAUUAUGAUCACUUCAGGUAUGCCCGAUAUGGGCCUUGGAAUGGAGGUAGCCGCCCCUGAUAUCAUGGACCGCCCUCCCCAGAGCAAGCAAGGCAUAUUCACGUGGGAGGUGAUCAUCGACAUUAUGGUUUAUGGUUUAUGGACUGCAGCGCUCUGUCUGGCAGCAUUUUCUGUCCGAAUGUGGGGCUUCGGUGACGGCAACUUAGCCCGUGGGUGCAACCAGGAGUGGUCGGAUCAGAUCCAAGAUUGCGAACUGGUCUUUAAAGCCCGUGCUACAACGUUUGUCUGCCUGACUUGGUUUGCGCUCUUCCUGGCAUGGGAGAUGAUCGAUAUGCGACGGUCAUUCUUCCGCAUGCAGCCGGAAUCCAAGAAGUACUUUACCCAGUGGAUGUACGAUGUUUGGCGGAACAAGUUCCUCUUCUGGUCCAUCAUGGCUGGGUGGGUCACCAUGUUCCCAAUCCUUUACAUCCCUCGUCUGAACGAUGUUGUGUUCAAGCACAAGCCCAUCACAUGGGAGUGGGGUAUUGUGGGUGUCGAGGCUGUUCUUUUCUUUAUGGGUGUUGAAUCGUGGAAGUGGGCCAAGCGAGUCUUCUUCCGCCGCAGAUGCAGCAAGAAUUCAACGUUGACUUCAGCGGGCAACACACCAGAGCAGCCCUAA